AUGGGUGACGUGUACCUAGACAGGGGUACUGUGAGUAGGAAUGGGAGCGACUUUACAAAGGCUUCAGCCCUGUAUAAUUCAGCUCUGGUGCGCUGUCAGGACCCAGACAACACCCAGGCCCUCCUACACCGUAUCAAACGCACGGAGAAGGUUUUUCUGGAGAAGGUGGGUGGAGUGAAGGAAGCCGUGUCGUCUAUAGUAGAAGCAGACCUCACCCACAAGUCGCAACUCCAGGACAUCAGGUCAGAAUGCGAUACUCGCUUACAGGAGAUACAAAAGCUGUGUAACUACGACCAAGGGGAUCAGAAAAGCGAGGAAACCCUAGCGGCGGAGAGAAGAAGGGCAGUUGCGGUAAGACGACUUUACCAUGAUACCACUAUUAAGAUAAAACAGUUCAUUUCUGACCUCCUGCAAGAAUGUUUUGGCUUGCUCGGCGACCCGCCAUGCCCGUAUGCCGUUAUUGGCCUGGGUUCCAUGGCAAGAGAAGAAAUGACGCCAUUUUCCGAUUUCGAAUUCGCCAUCCUCGUCGAUGAAAGUAAAGAAGAAAAGAGCAACGCUCGGUACUUCAGGGUACUGACUUAUCUACUUCAUCUCAAGAUCCUCAAUCUUCAAGAGACGAUUCUCCCCGCCAUGGCGAUCAGAUCUCUGAACAACUUUGUUUCGGGGGACCCCGCGGAGAACUGGUUUUACGACUCGGUGAUGCCGCAAGGAUUUGCCUUUGACGGCGCCAUGCCCUGGGCCUGUAAAACGGCCAUAGGCAGGGGACCGUAUAAAAACAAACCAGCACUAGAAUACAUCAGGACUCCCGGCGGAAUGGCAGAGCUCCAGAAAGAGGAGGAAGACCACGUGGCGGAUGUACUGCGUAAAGUGUGUCUGAUAACAGGAGACCAGCGCCUGGUGAACCAGUAUGAAAGAUUGGUGAAUCAGUAUCUGGAUUCACCCUCUCAUGUCAAGGGCUUGUCUGUACGUACGGAGCGGGCACUGCGCACUCUCUGCACCGACAUGGAAACGUUCAACAUCCACAGGAUCCCAAGGAGGGCGGAACCGUUCAGUGUGAAGAAGUUCGUGUACCGCCUGACCAGUUUGGUGGUAGACAGCUUGGGGCUGUUGGUUGGUUCUGAUGAGAAAACAGCUGCCGCCAUUUUGUCGGAGAUGACGAAUCAGACGAUAAUCCACAAAGUCAACGGUCACCACCUGCAGGUGGCUGCCGCGAUAGCUGACGAAACGCGCAUGCGCACCUAUAUUGCCAACGGUGGUCAAAAGGAACUCGCCUCUUUCUGGCCCACAUCUCCCGUUACCGACUACGCAGGCGCGCCAAUCUUCCGAGACAUCGAAUCAGGAGCCAUGCACCGUUUUUUCAAGACUACAUUCGCCCUGCAGUCUUUCUUGACGACUUCAGUUCACCAUGAAGAGCAAUACAAAGAGUUCGAAAUCAUCCACAGGCCGGAUACUGCACACUUGACGAAGGAAAAGGCCCUGUCUGUCGUUUCAAACUUAUUCCAUAAGCUACGAAAAUCAGAGCUGUACGAAGAUGAACCAUCGAGAGUGGUGGAAGUCGUGGAACUCAGGAGACCGGAAGUUGAAGGGCAGGCCAUAUCCGGAAUGUUUAAUCAUACAUUCGGGAAAACCCUACGGGGCGGCUCGGCAAACGCUUUCCCGAUCCUCGCGGGGAAGGACAACGCCACAUGCCCGGUCAGAGCCUUGCAAGUGUACAUAAGGAUAGCGCGAGCCCUCGGUAUCUCCUUUGAAAAAGGAUACCUGUUCAGGACGGUAAGCAAAGACAGCAAGAUCCUGAAUGAACCAUUCACGUACGACGCCGCACAGUAUCGCUUCAGAGCAUACUUAAGGGAAAUAGGAGAGUACAACGGCGACACACUUCACGGCGUACGCACAGCCAGCGCCAUAACCAUGGCGUUGGGAGGGGCAGACGCCGCGUCCCUGAUGACACACGUCGGGUGGAAGAGUAAAUCCACGGCCGAGCGCUACCUGCGGCUCGACAGGGUGUGUCACGAAAAUUCCCCGGCAGCAAUCCUGCACGAUGAAGUAUCGAAAGAGCCCAAAAAGGAUGGACAAGAGCAAACGGGAGCGGGCCCAUUCUAUAGCAGCAGGAACUACGGGAGGCUCAGACCCGUCUUCGAGUAA